GUGGGGUGAGGACGCGCUUCAGACUUGGGGUCGGAGCUCGGCCCGUUCCAAGUGUGGUGGGGGAGCAGAGAACCGCGGCCGGGUGUUAAGCAGGGUGAGCUUUGGGUGCACCGCGCUCGGCCUGCGAUUGCUCGGGUCUAGCCGCGCUCCCCGCAGGCGACGGCCGAGCGAGUCGUUCCGCGUCUCCGGCCGCGCCAGCCUCGCGCAACCUCUCGCGAAACUCGUCUCGGUUCGUGCGGCUCCCGUGUCCGCCGAGCUGGCCGGAUGGCGCCUCAGCGGAGAGGCGCGCCCAAGGCGCCCGAGGGCAGCGGAGCGGCGGAGCGCAGGCGCCCGAACAGCAUGAAGAGUGCCCGGGCGCCGCCGAGGGAGGUGUGGAGCAAGUGGCUGAGAGCCGCCGUCCUGGGGACCUGUGCCACGCUUGCUGCGCUCCUGCUCUGGGGCAGUCUGGGGGGCGACGACGGCAUCACUGAGGUCCUGGCUCACCGUGGCGAGGUUCUGUCUGGCCGGUUCAUCGAGGUGCCCUGCUCAGAGGACUAUAACAGCCACCGGAGGUUCGAAGGCUGCUCCCCGACCAGGUGUGGCCGGGGCAUCACCGACACCGUCAUCACCAGGGACGAGGCCCGGCGGAUUCGAAGCAUCGCGGAGAAGGGGCUGGCCCUGGGAGGAUCCGGUGGAGGGGCGUCCAUCUUGGACCUGCACUCGGGCGCCCUGUCUGCUGGGAAGCACUUUGUGAACCUGUACAGAUACUUUGGGGAUAAAAUAGAAAACAUCUUCUCAGAAGAGGACUUCCAGCUGUACCGGGACGUGCGGCAGAAGGUCCAGCUGGCCGUGGCCCAGGCGUUCGGCAUCAGCACGUCCGCGCUGCACCUGACGAAGCCCACGUUCUUCUCCCGCAUCAACAGCACGGCGGCGCGCACGGCGCACGACGAGUACUGGCACGCGCACGUGGACAAGGUGACCUACGGCUCCUUCGACUACACCUCACUGCUGUACCUCUCCGACUACCUGGAGGACUUCGGCGGGGGGCGCUUUGUGUUCAUGGAGGAGGGGGCCAACAAGACGGUGGAGCCCAGAGCAGGCCGGGUGUCCUUCUUCACCUCGGGGUCCGAGAACCUGCACCGCGUGGAGAAGGUGCGCUGGGGCACCCGUUACGCCAUCACCAUCGCCUUCACCUGCAACCCCGACCAGGGCAUCGCAGACCCCGCCUUCGCGUAGCCGGGAGGCCGCAGCCCCUGCCCCACGGCAGCCCUUCCACAUCCAGUGCCACCUGGCUUUAGGUGGCCUGAUGUUCCAGCCACUUCCUCUGUGAGUAAAAUAAGAGAGCCAACGGCCCCCCACGAGCUCCUGCAUUUGCUCUCAGGCUCUGUGGACAGACCCCCUUCCCCCUGGAGGGUCCCCGUGCCCCGAGUGGACGUCUGUCUGUGAGCAGAGAGUCAUCUACCCUCGACGGUGCCCCGACUCCGGGAGCAGCAGGAGCUCUAGGCCGACGGGGACCGAGGACCGAGGCGGGCGUCCUGCCUGAUGUCCCUCUUCCGGGAGCCAGGCCUCUCCCACCCUCGGGGGGCCAGGCUGUGCUUUGCUCUGCGCUGAAAGCUCCACAAGGGACAGCGAGGCUCAUUCCCACGCGGACCGUGCGCUCGGGGAUGAAGCAGUGGGACGGGUGAAAUGGCAACGGCAGGUGCAGAACAAGCUGGCGAAACACCACGGAGCCGCGGGUGAACCGCGGACCCGAGGCCCCUGGUGGUGGCCGUGGGGGUGUGCGGGGAGGUCCAGCCCCACUCAGGGCUGUCAGACCAAGACUCAGGUUCUUACCUCGAUCUUGAGUUUCUGGGAAAGAAAGCACGGGGCCCAUUGCCAGGCCUGAACUCACUUCGCAGGCCCCCCGUUCUCCCCAGGAAGGGGCCCUGCAGCCCCCCAGCAGCCCCUCCCUGCCCUGUGCACCCUGGGGACCAGCAGGAAGGGAGGACUCGACGGCCACCUGGUCUCUGUCCCCCGAAGGUCAUGAGAGCCCCCGACCUUUCAGUGCGAGCAGACCCCCAGGGAGCGUGGCCCGUGGGGCUCCGGGAUGGGGGCCCCGCCUGCCCCAGCACAGGGCGCCACUGCCGGUGCACAGCGGGAGGGCCCCGGACACGCCAGGCUGGGUGGGGUGGGGUGGGGGGUUUGGGACAGUGCUGAGGUUACGCAGCCAGGGUGGUAUGGAGCAGGAGCUCCAUGCCCCGCCUCCAUCCCUGGGUCACCCAGACCCCGGGACACCAUCCAGCUCCUCCCAGGCCCCUCAGUAAAGAUAGAGCCAGGAAGGGGGUUGGGGACCCGCCUCAUCCCUGCGAGGGUCCGGCUGCGAGGGGAGAGGAUGGAGAGGAGAUGCCCCGGGGCUCCGCCCACCCAGGUGGGCUCCGGACCCAGGCUGCAUCCCGAGGACACGGUGGGCCCGCGUUUGUACCUGCUGCCCCUUCCCAGGUCCGGUGCCCCGCCCGGGCCCUCCCUGCCUGCCCCACACAGCUGAGAGCGCUCCUACCUUGGGGCCCUGGCGGGGGGAGCUAGCAGGGCUUGUGGGUUGAGGGUAGAAUGUUGGGGGGCCAAGGGCAGAAGUUGAGGUGCCCCCUCCUCCCCCUGGGGCCCCAGAGGAUCCCGGCAGUGCCGACGCCCGGGCACCCUGCUCACUGACACAUAGCUUCUGGGUGAGACACAGGCUCUGGACUUUCGAUCGUACUGAGGCUGCCAGAGGCCACGGGGGCAAAGGGUGGCCCCACCCACUGGCCUGGGAAGCCCCUCGAGUCCAGCGCUCACAGCUCUUGGGACAGGCACUGGCUGAAAGACGGCCUGGGGGCGUGCCCACCGAGUGGCCCUCUUGGGGGACCAGGGGGUGGGAGCGGGGCCGGAGCAAGCCACCAGCCCAUGGGCUAGGCACUCAGCCGGCCUGAAAAGGCCUCCGUCCAGAGCUCCUGGCUGGGCGCCCUUGGCAGCCAGGCUUCCUGCUCUGAGCGCCCUCUGUCUGGAAUUCCAAUGGAAAAGGCCGCCCUGCGUGGGGCCCCAGGUCCUCGGAGUGGUGGUUUGUGGGUGUAUGGACCCCAGCUAGACUCUGGCCACCGCCCUCAUCACAGGAUGGGGGCUCCCACCUUCUGCUAGCCAAGCUCCCAGCCGCCCCCAGCUGGCCCUCCAGGUGACAGGCCUGUCAGCUGGGUGUAUACAGGUGUGAAAUCGAGGAAGAGCUCAGGUCUUUGCCACCCAGCUGGGUUCCCCUCCCCCGGGCAAGGGUACCUCUCCAUCCACAGACACUGGCACCAUCCUCCCCACGGCCGGCUGCACCGCCCCCCCCCCGGGAGGACAGACUCCAAAGGCAGAGGCCCCCAGGCAGGCGGGCACGGGCGUCCACUGACUGUGAGCUCCCCGGACAGAGGAUUGAAGGGGGCCCGUGGGUGUGCUUCCUUGUCGGUAAAUAACAGACACAAAGGGCAGCAGCCAGGCGAGCCGCUGAGGGCGGGUGUCCCGGCCUCCCCGCUGGCGCAGGGUCUGAGCAGCAAGCGGGUAUCUCCUUGCCCCCACAAGCCAGGUGCCAGGACUGGGCGAGGCCCCUCUCCUGGGGCCCUGCACACCCCCACUGCCCUGAGUGACCAGCAGUCAAACCCAGUGGAUGAGACCGGCUGGCCUGCUCCUGGAAAACCCAUCGCCCACCCCCAGGCUCCCGUCCUGGACGCCUGUGUGCCCACCUCCUAGGAAGCAAACCUCUGCCUUGGCUGUGAAUUCCCCCUUCUGGGUUCUUCCUCGCCGUCCUCCACCCCCUCCAUCCCCUCCACCCCCUCCACCCUCUUAGGGAGACAGAAGACAAAACAGGAAAGGGUGGCAGGUCCCAGCUGCAGGACACAGUCCAUUCCUCAUCCCGACCAGGUGUCAGGCCCCCACUGUCCAGUUCUCAGGUGCCUGCAGCCCCAACACUGCAGCUCCCCGUUUUUGCUCUGCAAGGGCUGGAGGAUGGGGAUGGGGUGGGAUGAGGUUGGGGAAGUGCCCCAGGCCUGGCACUCGGCCCCUCCCCAGGUGCAGUUGGGACAGCCCGCCCGCCGGGCUCCUCUGCUGCCCACGGCCUCCCAGAGGAGCCCCACGCCCCACCCCAGCAAGCUGCCCCCAUUCACCCACCUUCUGGGGAGCCGUGGAUGGAAGUGCAGAUUCACGAAAACGUCCCAUCCAUGCACAGUCAGCAUCUCAGAGGCUCCCCAGUACCCUCCGUGAGGUUUACGUACUGGUGUCCAGAGCAGCCUCACUCCUGAUCAGCGGGGACCAGACCCUCACGUCCACCUGCAGGUGGCACACAGCGGCCCACCCCUGGCGGUGCUGCUCGGGCGUGGAACGGAGGGCAGCCCUGUGCGCUCUGCAGUGGGGUCUGAGAAUCAGACACGAAAGGCGGCAGGCUUGGGGCCCCCACUUGCCAGAGGUGAACCGGGGUGUCCACUGCGGGGGCGUCCUCGUGAGGUGCCUCUGGGGCGGCAGGGCCCCGUCGGGACGCGUGGACCCUGUGGCUGAGGUGUGGUGGCAGCCUGACCGCCAGCUCCCCAGCCCCUUCGGGUCCCUGUCCUUGUGACGUGGGACAGUAUCGUUAUUUCCAGACAUCUCUGUCAGACCCUUGUGCACACUCACACUCAUGCACACUUUCACGGGUGCACACUUGUUUGUGUCCAUAAAAUUUGGGGUUAGAGUACAUAGGGUCACACUGUGCCCCCCAUUUACCCGCACUCUCAGAUGUACCCCGGGGGGGGGGCCUUCCGAACGACACCUCCGUGGCCCUCAGGACACGUCCUAGUUCACUGAAUGGCCAGGGUGUCUCCGAUGUUUAUGAGGCCGAAACGAGCACCGUCAACGUGAAUCUGUUCUCAUCUGACGUGGGCGUGCUGGCCCCGGUCAAAACCCGCCUCGACAGGUGGCACCAACCGUGUGCUGAGGGUGUCUCGGCUUCCCGUAUCUUUCCCGAAUCGGAAUUUUACAUGACUGAGGUCA